AUGGACAUUCCCAUGCAUCAUGGAUGCAAUCCACUUAACAGCCUUUGGUGGGUUUUUUUUUUUCCAAAAUAUUUGGCAAGAGACUGCAGAGCAGCUUAUCGACAUGGCACAAGACAAAGCGGACUAUAUGUUGUCCAUCCCCCAAACUCCUCCUUGAUAGUGGUCUACUGUGAGAUGGAGCAAGAUGGAGGGGGCUGGACAGUCCUGCAGAGAAAUACAGUCAGUCAAAAAACAUCCUGGGACCACUCAUGGACUGCUUAUAAGAAAGGCUUUGGUAAUCUGGAGGGCAACCACUGGCUUGGCAAUACAUUUAUAUACCUCUUAACAAGGCAAAAUGCCUUCGCUGUAAGAUUUGUCAUUGUCAAUGCUGAUGGUGAAAAAAGGUAUGCCAAUUACCAUAGCUUUGCGCUGCUGGAUAGUGAGGGAAAUGGUUAUGCUCUGAGGUUAGGGGACUAUUCAGGUGAUGCAGGAGAUGCUCUGACCAUUAUUUAUGAGUCAGGCAUUCAUGAUAACAUGAAGCUCUCCACUUUGGACAAGGAUCAAGAUAGGAGGAUCCCUAAUAAUUGUGCUGGAGGCUGGUGGUAUGACAGUUGUCAUUCCGCCCUCCUAAACAGUGAUAAUGGUAUUUACUGGAAGGAUUUGUGUACUGAAUACAAGCCACGCCAGUCAGCUUAUAUAAUGAUUAGACCAAAUGGGAAAAACUGUAACAGACAUAUUAAAUUUUAAUUAUUUGUUCCUCAUCAGCUAGCAGCCUUUUCUGCUUAUAU